AUCGCCCUGUGUGAAUGGGGAUGCCGAAUGAAUCCGGCCGCCCACGGUUGAAUUAAUGAUUUCUAAUCUUCGGAAUUUUUGAAUAGUAAUCAUGGCCAAUGUACUUCGUUGCACCACGGAAGUACCUACUGUCAUGUUAGAUUCAUAUAACAGCUUCAAUUGCUCACCCUUUUUCUCAUUUUCUUUCACUGCCAUAUUCACCAGAUCCAGUACAGUUUCCGAUACACUUCCCGCGCAGGUUGAUGUUCAAAGCUACAUUACGCAAGAUGACCAAAUUCGAUAUUGAGGUUGUUAGUGACACUGUUUGUCCAUGGUGUUACGUUGGAAAGGAAAGGCUUGAGCAAGGAAUCACAGCAUACAAACAACGACAUCCUGAUUCCGAUGAUACGUUUAAUAUCACGUGGCUCCCAUUUUAUCUUGCUCCGGACGCACCUAAAAAAGGUAAUAUCAAGUUCCUACAUAUUCUGGUGAUUAGAUGAUCCGAGAUUAAUCAUGACGAAUAGGUGUGGAUAAACGAUCAUGGUAUGCCUCUCGUUUCGGAGAAGAAAGAAUCACAAUGAUGGACAACCGACUUGCGCAAAUUGGGAAAGGACUUGGGAUCAAUUUUAAGUUUGGAGGGAAAACGGGCCAUACGAGGGAUAGCCAUCGAAUUAUCGAAUUGGCAAAGACAAAGUCGCCAGCCGUGCAAACGAAAGUAGUGGAUUCGUUGUUCAAGUCAUAUUUUGAAGAAGAAGGGGAUAUCACUAGUCAUGAAAUGAUACGCGAUGCUGCAGUAAAAGCUGGACUGGAUGAGAGAGAAGUUAAUGAAUGGUUGGAGAGUGAUAAGGGAGGAGCCGAGGUUGAUAGGGAAGUGGAAGCGGCGAGGAGGAACUCGAUUAGUGGAGUGCCGAAUUUCACUGUUCAGGGAAAGUAUGAGAUAGGAGGUGCUCAGGAUUCUGCAGUAUUUUUAAGGUUGUUUGAAAAGAUCAAGGGGGCUGAGAAAUCUUCAUAAGUUUAGCUGGCAUCGGGUUAGAAAAUCGUAGAUGAUUUGGGGAGGAUGGAGAGUAAUCAAGUGGAAGAAGUUUUUCAUAUAUGAAAAUUCCGUUGUUUUACCUACUUAGGAAGUAUAUAUACACACGCGCGUUCAUGGCAAGCCACAAAC